AUGGUGGCAAUGGCAACGGACAGUACCAAGCGGAAAGCAUCGGAGGAGGCCCUUUCCCCAGAUUCCCAGCAACAGAGCAAGAAAGCGCGCACGGAUUCUCCAGAGAGGGAGCCAAAGGCUGAGGAUGAACCGUUGGGAAAGCCGCCGCUGCGAAUCGUCCCUUUUCCCGAGAAGCCCGCCGUACUUGAGGAGCGUCGAGGAGAGAUCGAAUUCCGGGUGGUCAAUAAUGAUGGCUCGCGCGACAGUUUUGUUGUCCUCACCGGAUUGAAAUGCAUCUUCCAAAAGCAACUACCGAAAAUGCCCAAGGAUUACAUUGCGCGACUGGUUUACGAUCGGUCCCAUCUGUCCAUGGCUAUCGUGAAACACCCGCUGGAGGUUGUCGGGGGUAUUACGUACCGACCAUUCAACGGCCGUCGAUUUGCCGAGAUUGUAUUCUGUGCCAUCUCUUCGGAUCAGCAGGUUAAGGGAUAUGGUGCGCAUCUAAUGUCUCACCUGAAGGAUUACGUCAAGGCAACGUCGCCCAUCAUGCACUUUUUGACCUACGCCGAUAACUAUGCGAUCGGGUAUUUUAAGAAGCAGGGAUUCACGAAAGAGAUAACACUUGAUAAAUCGAUCUGGAUGGGGUAUAUCAAAGAUUACGAGGGAGGAACGAUUAUGCAGUGCACCAUGCUUCCCACGAUACGAUAUCUCGAAAUCGGCCGAAUGCUCCUCAAGCAGAAAGAGGCGGUACAUGCGAAAAUCCGCGCCUUCAGCCAGUCAUACAAGGUCCACAACCCGCCGAAGGAAUGGAAGAACGGACCGUGCAAGAUCGACCCUCUGAGUAUUCCCGCCAUCCGAGCGUCGGGAUGGUCGCCUGAUAUGGAUGAAUUGGCCCGACAACCACGCCACGGACCCAACUAUAAUCAACUCUUACAUCUCCUCAACGAUAUGCAGAACCACAGUGCGGCGUGGCCAUUCACUCAGCCUGUCAAUCGUGAUGAAGUUCCGGAUUACUACGAAGUCAUCAAGGAGCCCAUGGAUCUGUCCACGAUGGAGGAAAAGCACGAAAAGGACAUGUAUCCGACGCCACAGGAAUUCAUCAAGGACGCCUCGUUGAUAUUUGACAAUUGUCGGAAAUACAACAACGAGAACACGCCGUAUGCCAAAAGUGCCAACAAACUGGAGAAGUUUAUGUGGCAGCAAAUCCGGAAUAUCCCAGAGUGGUCGCAUCUGGCGGAUGGUCAUUAA